GCUGCGCCCCCGGCUCCCUCCAGCGGGCUCCGAGCAGCCCCGGCCCCCGCCGCGCUCAAUGGGCCCGGCCCCGCCGACAGCCCCGGGCUCCCCUCUCGGCUCUCCCCGGGGCGCCCCGCCCCGGCCCGCCACACAUGGAGGCGCCGCCCGGAGGCACCGCGGCGCGGGAGGCGGAAGGAGGCGUGUGGUUGAGAGACGAGCCUCUCCUGCUGGCGGAGCUGAAGCCAGGGCGACCCCAGCAGUACGACUGGAAGGCGAGCUGCGAGACGUGGAGCGUUGCAUUUUCCCCAGACGGCACCUGGUUCGCCUGGUCUCAGGGUCACUGUAUCGUCAAGCUGAUCCCCUGGCCCUUGGAGGAAGCUGAGCUAAGCUGCAAAGCCUCUGAACGCAAGAACCGUGGCAUCAAAGCCGACGUGAGAGGCGGAGGGGGCGCGAAGGAGAAGACGCUGGAAUGUGGCCAGAUAGUGUGGGGGCUGGCCUUCAGCUCCUGGCCUCCGUGUGGCGCUAAGGAGGGGGACGGCCUGCCGGCUUCGGGUCGGUCCUGUCUGAUCCUCGCCACAGGACUCAAUGACGGACAGAUUAAAGUCUGGGAGGUGCAAACAGGGCGUUUGCUUUUCAGUCUCUCCGGGCACCUGGAUGUCGUGAGGGACCUGAGCUUCGCUCCCAAUGGAAGCCUGAUUCUAGUCUCUGCAUCCCGGGACAAAACCCUCCGCAUCUGGGACCUGAGCAGAGAUGGUACGAGUAAGCAGAUCCAGGUGCUGUCUGGCCAUACGCAGUGGGUGUACUGCUGCUCCAUCUCCCCUGAUUGCAGCAUGCUGUGCUCUGCGGCUGGAGAGAAAUCGGCCUUCCUGUGGAGCAUGCGCUCCUACACCCUCAUCAGGAAGCUGGAAGGGCACCAGAGCAGCGUGGUGUCGUGUGACUUCUCACCAGACUCUGCUCUGCUGGUCACGGCCUCCUACGACACCUGCGUGAUCAUGUGGGACCCCUACACAGGGGAGCAGCUGAGAACGCUUCGCCACGUUCCGCUGCCCCCGGCGUUGGACUAUGGCAGUGACAUCCAUGCCAGCUCCCUGAGGUCCGUGUGCUUCUCUCCGGAAGGCUUGUAUCUUGCUACGGUGGCAGAUGACAGACUCCUGCGGAUCUGGGAUUUGGAACUAAGAACUCCAGUGGCAUUUGCACCUAUGACCAAUGGCCUGUGCUGCGUCUACUUCCCACACGGCGGGUUUAUUGCCACAGGGACGAGAGAUGGCCACGUCCAGUUCUGGAGCGCCCCCAAGGUCCUCUCAUCACUCAAGCACUUGUGCCGUAAAGCUCUCCGCACCUUCCUAACAACGUACCAGGUUCUAGCACUACCCAUUCCCAAGAAAAUGAAAGAGUUCCUCACUUACAGGACCUUUUAAACCCUGUGUAGUACAUGGGGUCCAAAGAACCCUGGAGCUGGCUGGCUUCCUUCCUUCCUUCCGAGCUUUGUUCUGGAACGGAAGAGCAGCUGGGGUUAUAAAAUGAUCACGAAGACCCACUACGUUCUAUGGUUCUAGUACAAGAAGGAUUUCUGUUCCUCUGUUUGGGGCUGUAUCUUUGACCAUGUAGGUUAUUUUAAUAAGAGAACCCAGCAAAAACAUGCAGUGGGCUAGUUGAUUGAGCUUUGAAUUUGUUAGAAUUCAACUCUGACAAGGAGCAAGAGUUCUACUCAAGUGAUCCAUCCACGCUGAUGGCUGUGCAGGGCAUUUGGUUCAGAAGGACCCUGCCAACAGCAACACACGUUUCAAUUCUCUCUAGAUGCUUUCACUUCAAGUGCAAUUGCUGAACGUUGUGUGUUAAAAGCUAGAGGGCUGUGAGAAGCUGCCUUCACUGGUAUGGCAAUCCAAACUCAAACCUGCACUUUCACGAAUGAGAAGCUGUGUCCCCUAGUUGAGUUACGCAACGAGGCAGUGGCUUUCAUGUUUAUUACUUUCUUUGGCCUGGUUCCAAGACAGCUGAACCUGAACAAGUCUCUGCAUUGUGGGCAAAGACUUCAAAAUAAAAGGUUUUGUUUCCCCCUUUUGGGUUUGAAGAGUUAGAGAUGCUCUUCCUAGAGCCAUUUUGUGGGUGACAAAAGUACACGGCCCUGAGGGAGCCCCGAAUGUUCAGUCGCAGGGGCCUGGUGAGGAGUGAGAUUGAGGUCUUAACUUUGAGGGGUGAAAGAUCCCCUUAAUACUAGUGUGGCUGCCAGUCUGAAAUUGGCUUGAUCAGCUCACUUGGCAGAGACACUAGCAAAGUACUUGUGGUUUGGUUAUAUGGUGUAAGGCAUGGCUUUCUCCUGUGUGUAAUGGAGAGGUGAACACCUUAAGGACAGUGACUGGGGGGGGGGGGGGGGGGUGCUCUGCACCAAGCCAGCUGCUGGUCUAUUUUUGUGAAAGUGAUUUCAACUUUGGGCAGCUUUUUAUUUGUAUCCCCAUGGCAUACACUAAUUGUGGCAGAGCCUGGCUAGUUUGCAUUAUGGGGGAGGCCAAGCAUGAACUUGUGAAUUUUGCAAAUGUGUGUGUGUGUGUGGAGGGGGAUUUAAAAUACAGCCAAUAACUACCAGAGCUGAUUUGUUCACUCACGUUGACAAGUCUAGUUGUUGAAUUAUCCAGUGUACUAUCCUAGUAAACGUUCUGUGGCCUAGUUUUUAAGAGUGGUGACUUCUUGGCACUAUGGUAACUUCUCUCACUUGGCAGAGAGACAGCAGAUGACCAGUUUUUCAUGCAGAUGACAGGGCUCUAUUGUCCCCGCUCUUGUGCUGCUUGCUCACUUUCUCUCCUGCCAAAGUGCUGCUUUUUGGAGUCUAGUUUCCAGGGAGUUUUCCAGCCAGGGCUAGUGACUCAUGUACUGUAUCAAGGGGGGGGGGGGGGGGAUGCUGUCUCUCAUACUCCUCCGUUUCAUUUGGGCUCGUUUCUGGCAGCAGUAGCAGCACAUGCUUUAUCGUAAUUGCUCCAUUCCCCCUUUUUAUAACUACCCCCGUAUCUAGUGCCAUACAAGCUACUUCAGAACGCAUGGUAGUGACUGACAGGACAGGCUAAUAACUUCCCCUUGAAACUAGGGGGAGACUUUUUCCCCUUUUUAGAAAAAUUACAUCACCUAUAAAUUGGAAUCUAGCCCCAAGAGACUUAAGCUUUUAAUAUCCCUAAAUCUUUCAAAAAUACCCCCAAACCUUAAGUGCUAGUGGACUUCCUCUUAAUGAGCACAAGUGAUAGCAUAGGUUAGCUCGAAGAUAGCUGUCCACACCCUGCUGCUGUAAUAGUAAAACAAAGGGAAAAGUGGCACCACUCAGCUUGGGUUACUCCUGGCCACAGAUUGGGUGAAGCUAGGUCUGAUCCAGUGAACCUAAAACUAAUGUGUUAAAAUUCUGAACGAGAGCUCACUAACGGAUCACAGCAGCAAGACUAGGGGGCCCUUUCUCUAAUGCUGGGAGCAAGGUUAGUGGGGGGAGGGGGUAUUGUCCCUUUAAACUAGCAGUUUUCUUAAAUAUCUAUCUUGGCCAGCAACUCUGAGCCCCAUAUGUGCACUGAACCUGUAGCAGAAAGGGUGGUGAAAUCCCCAUCAUCUGCAUGGAAGAGCAGUCUCAACACCCCAGCCACUUGUUAUACCUCAGUACUACAGCUGACCAACUCGUCCAUGGAGCAUCGCUCUCCAAGCUCGUAGAAUGACUGGACCCUAUCGCUCACAGCUCUUCACUUGGGUAUUUCUUCUCCAUUGUAUGUAAAGAGCACACUGGGACACAGAUGGGCCCUGUCAAGCAUCCUGACUGGUGAAGAUGGUUUUAAUUUUUACUUGAACAUGAUCUGUAGUAUUGCCAUCAUGUACACAGGAGCCUGAGAUGUUUAUUAACUUCAAGAGGCAAAAUAAAUUUUUUCCCUUUCAUA